AUGUCAACACAGGGCGAACGCUUAAUUAUGUAUUUAAUUCUUAGGGCAGAUCUCAUUUCUGAUUUAAAAUGGCCUUUAGGAGCUGUUUUUACCCAAAUAGCACAUGCAGCCACAGCUUGUAUAUGGACAUUUAAAGACGACCCAGAAGUUAAAGAAUAUAUGGGAAAUAUGGAAAAUAUGCAUAAAGUGACUUUAAAGGUUAAAGACGAACCAGAAUUAUUAGAACAAGCAAAGAAAUUGGCAGAUGCCGGUAUUCAACACAAAAUUUGGAAUGAAGAUGGAAUGGCUGUUUGUAUAGCUAUUAAACCUCAACAAAGACAGAAGCUGAAACAAUUUUUUGGAAAUUUGGCUCUUUAUAAAUGAACAUUGGGAAUUGUUUUUGGGUAUUUUCUGUUAUAUAUUUUGUUUUAUAUUUUUUAAAACUAGUGAAAGAAAUAAAUUUAAAUUUACUGAAAAUUUAUUUUUAAAAAA